CAUUUAACGUAUCUCUCAGAUCUCACACCGUCGCAUCAUCGCGGUCGACGCCGUCGCCGUCGUCAGCUGCCGUGGAGCAAAAAGUGCACCCCGCUCAGUCCUAAGUGAAGAUUUGCCGUGAAAAGUUGACACGAAAAGUAAAGUGUGACAAAUGUGCUUUGUCCGUGAAAAUUUAGCCUCGUUUUUUAGCUCUUAAAUUCACGUUGUUCUGGAACAAAACUUGACUAAUCUGUGCCCAGCAACCCAAUGCAGAACUACGCGAUAAAGUGUCUCAAGAAAAUGAUCUACAAAUACACUAAAAUGUGAUUUUUAUCUGUAAUUCUCAAGUGGCCUCGAAGAGCGAAAAAAAUCAACUCGCUUGAAGAAAAAUACUUUCUUGAAAAUUUCAAAACAAUCCAACAACGGCGUCGCUCGAUUGUUGUCAGCGUUGCAUCCUGAAUCUACCGGAAUCAAUGGACUGAACUUUUUUUCCAUAACGCGAAAGGUUACCACGGGUCGAAUUGUGAUUACGUAAACGUCGCGAAAGAUAAAACUGUCACCUGCCAGUUCCGUUCCCGUUCCCGGUUGUGCAAGAGCAAGGGCCUGUCAGCUGCUGUAGCGUGCGUGUGUGCGAAGAACGAACAAAAAGUUCGGCUAUGCUAUAGAAUCUUCCUCCGGGCGUCAGCUGUCAGUAUGAUAAAUAGGAAAAGAAUGUUCCUGCUAGUGCUCAUUCUGGUCACGAAUUUCGAUGUUUUUCCCGCAUACAACAGCGAUGCGGACGAAACGGUGGAGCACAUUAAAAUUGGAGGCCUCUUCGAUGCUGACACCGAUGAUGCGUUGCUUGCCUUCCAGUACGCCGUGGAAGCCGUAAACAACGAGAAGCUGUCCUACUCAAACUAUCGGCUGGAGGCCUAUCCCGUUACGGUCAAGUACGGCGAUGAGUUCGACGUGUCCAAGAAGCUGUGCAAACUGAUGAGGUCCGGCGUUGCCGCCAUCUUCGGUCCCAGCUCGCCCCGAUCCGCAGCCCACGUGCACAGCAUCUGCGAUGAAAAGGAGAUGCCACACAUCGAGACCCGCUGGAAUGCACAUUCGCAGCUGCCAACGUUAAACAUCCAUCCCCACCCGCACACCAUGGGUCGGGUCUUUCUCGAUCUGAUAGUGGCGUUCGAGUGGAAAGAAUUUACCAUCAUCUACGAGUCCGAACCGUGGUUGCCGGGGAUAGCGAAUCUACUGAAAAUGUACGACCCGAAAGGUUACACCAUUACCGUUCGUCAGUUGGAUCUGAAGCUGAAUGGGAACUUCCGGCCGGUGCUGAGACGGGUUAAGCAAUCUGAAGAUAGAAAUAUUAUUUUUGCCUGUUCGAUUGAAUCGAUGCCGGAGGUGUUGAAGCAGGCUCAACAGGUUGGUCUGUUGACGGACAAUCAUCAGAUCAUCAUCACUUCACUGGAUUUGCACACGAUCGAUUUGGAACCGUACCAGUACAGUGGAACUAACAUCACCGGCGUACGGAUGGUCGACCCGGAGGAAGAUAAAAUUCGACAGGUCACCGAUUUUUUGAACGCUUCACAAAUAUCCCGAACGCUGGAACUGAACGAAGGGCUCAGCCCGGCAACUAUGCGUGUGGAAACCGCUCUGAUGUACGAUGCGGUUCUACUGUUUGCCGAGGCGUUACGUUAUCUGAUCGGAACGGAUCCACCGCAUCCGCUGGAAGCGAUUCCGAUCAAGUGUGAAGACGAUGUUACCUGGAAAAGCGGAUACAGUGUUAUCAACUACAUGAAAACAUCUACCAUUCAUGGAUUGACGCGGGCGCUUAAGUUUGACCAUGAGGGCCGCCGGUCGGACUUUCUGCUGGAUAUUGUUGAACUUGGACCGGCCGGGUUGGAGAAGGUUGCCGUGUGGAACUCUACGGAGGGUCUGAAUUCCACCCGCAAGAAGGAAGGUGCCGCGUUGGCGUUCGACGAUGCGACUCUACAGAAUCGAACUUUUCGAGUUCUUACUGCAUUGUCUCCUCCGUACGGAAUGCUGAAAGAUUCUCCAACCAGACUGACCGGUAACGAUCGCUUCGAGGGAUUCGGAAUCGAUUUGAUCAACGAGCUGUCACUGCUGCUUGGUUUCAACUACACGUUCAUACUGCAGGAGGACGGAGUUUACGGUUCUUUGAACCGCGAAACUGGAAAGUGGAACGGAAUGGUUCAGGAACUGCUGGAGUGGCGUGCCGAUUUGGCGAUCACCGAUUUAACCAUCACGUCCGAUCGGGAGAGUGCCGUAGAUUUUACGAUGCCUUUCAUGAAUCUUGGAAUCUCCAUCCUAUAUCGGAAACCUACCAAGGAACCUCCAUCGCUGUUCUCCUUCAUGUCUCCUUUUUCAAAACAGGUUUGGUUGUAUCUGGGAGCUGCCUACAUGACCGUUUCGCUGUCACUUUUCAUCUUGGGACGACUUUCUCCCAAGGAAUGGGACAAUCCUUACCCGUGCAUUGAAGAACCAGAGGAGCUAGAGAAUCAGUUCAGCUUUAGCAAUUCGAUGUGGUUCACGAUCGGUGCCCUGCUACAGCAGGGUUCUGAAAUUGCACCAAAAGCCUCCUCGACCCGCGCCGUAGCUUCCAUCUGGUGGUUCUUCACGCUCAUCAUGGUUUCAUCCUACACUGCCAAUCUAGCUGCCUUCCUGACGGUGGAACAGAUACACUCACCGAUCAGCAGCGCUACGGAUUUGGCGGCCGCCAGCGGAAAGAUCAAGUAUGGUUCCAAACGGGAUGGCAGUACGUUUAGUUUCUUCAAGGAUGCCGAAGAUGAGGUGUACCAAAAGAUGUACCACUACAUGAUACAGAAUCCGGAUUUGCUGACUUCGUCUAACCCGGAGGGGUUAAACCGGGUGAAGACGGAAAACUAUGCCUUCCUAAUGGAGUCCACCUCGAUCGAGUACAUUGUAGAGCGGGAGUGUGACGUGACGCAGAUCGGCGAUUUGCUCGACGACAAGGGAUAUGGAAUUGCGAUGCGGAAAAACUCACCGUAUCGCAGCGCUUUAAGUGAAGCUGUAUUGCGGCUACAGGAACAAGGCGUUCUAACAUCCCUUAAACGCAAGUGGUGGAAGGAGAAACGUGGAGGUGGUGCCUGUGAGAACGCAAUGGAGGAAAGUGGAGCUCUUGCUCUCGAGGUUGCCAACGUAGGAGGCGUGUUCGUGCUGCUGAUCGUGGGCUGUGUGGUCGCCGUGUUUAUAAGCUUUUGUGAGAUGCUGUGCGAUGUACACAGCCGCUCGCGGGAUCUCAAGCAAAGUUCAACCGAUGACGGUGCCGAAGAGCUCGGCAUGGACAACGUGGGCGGUGUGUUUUUCGUGUUGAGCGUUGGUUGCUCAACGGCCAUGGUUAUCGGCUGUUGUGAUCUACUUUGCCACAUUUUAAGCCGUGCCCGCCGAGAGAAGGUUUCCUUCCGAGAGGAGCUGAUCGCCGAGCUGCGCUUCGUUGCUAAAUGUUCCGGUAACACGAAACCGGUACGGCACCGAAAGAGUUCAUCCGGCUCGAGAAAUUCGAUCGAAUCGGGUCUAACGGAGCACUCGACCAGCCCGAAGCUGGAAGUCAGUGGACAUCCGAACGGGAAAUCGGCGCUCAACGCUAAAUCCAACGGGCGGAAGGGAGCGUCGCUGGAGGACUGAGAGAGAUUAGUUGGAAGUAAAUUUUGUUGUAUUUGAGUGGCCCGAAAUGAAAAUCGGGAGGGCGGAACCAUGCUGAGUAAAACUUGAGUUUUAAUAUAUUAGAAUAUAAAAGUGAAUUAUAAACUUCAAGUAUCAAAUUCGUACUGGUGUUCUUUGAUGUACGAGCUAGGGGAAGAUCACUCUAGGAAUGUAUAACAAAUUUGCAUCAAAUUAGAAAAAUUUAAUUUAAUUUAAUUUCCAUUUUUUCAUCAACUUUGUACUCCCUCGCACAAAAGUUAGUUUAAUAAUCGUCCUACGCUGAUCCACUUUGUUCGACGAUGUGUUGAAUAUAGGGCUAGUUUUUUGUAGGGUUUUGACGUCUUACACGCAACGCAAAAUACAUUGCACGCAACGCAAAAUACAUUUUGAAUUUCUCUUUUGAUGGAACGAAAUGCAUUUAAUUUCGCUGAUUUUUCAAAAUGCAUCACAAGUGAUCUGCCCCUAGUGUACGAGUCAGUUGGAAAGCUGACGUCAAAGAUCACUAGUUGGUACGUAAAAUGAUAAAAAUAAAAUUAUUCUAUUAAAUUGAAUUACCUUCCAUUCCUUGACUCCUAUCCUAUAGUGUCAAACAAGAAGGUGUUUACAAAGAAAAUAAAUUAAAAAUAGUUCUGAAGUUUUACAGCAGCAACUCCUAAGCCGCAGAAGCUCAGCCUUAAUUCAAUGUUUGAUUUUUUUAGACAACUGAUCGAAUUAAUCGAAAUUAAAUUUUACGAUGCAUGGUUUGUCCUGCCGGUUUUUAUUUGCAUACACUCAUUUGUUAGGCAAAUUUUGAGCUCACAAUCAUUUUUUGCUUGACAGUGACAAGGGGGAAAAUCACAUCAUAUUUGGCCUAAAUCGACUAAAAUUACUCCAAAACUUGAUUGGAAAAUGAGAUUAAAAUAAAUUAGCUUAGUUGCUGUACUUGUUCUUGUUAGGUAUUCGUAUUUUAAGGUCAAUUAAACUUGUUUGAUCAGUGGUGAUUGUUAGAUAUAAAUGCAAAAAGUGCCGCGUAGAGUAGAAUAAAGAAUCUCUUCUCGAAAAACAUAUGAUUUCGGCUUAAAAUCCAACUGUCAAAAUUAACUUUGAAAGGAAAUUCUAUACAAACGGGUACUCGCCAACCAUAGGUGUUGGUAGAACCCAAAAGAGAAAAGUUUUCUCUUUCUUAAACUGCUGUGAACUGUGUUUGGCCAGAAACGGUUUGUCCGGAAUUUCCUUUCAAAGAGAAUUUUGACAGUUAGCUUUUAAGCCGUAAUCAUACAUUUGUCGAGACUUGUUUGGUA